AUGUCGCAGAAACUGAAUGCCAACGCGAAGGAGUGGCGGCCGGCGGGCGAGCUUGCAUCCUUCAGGCUUCCCGCCUCCACGAGUGAGAAGGAUGGCAAAGCCGCAGCGGACGACGUCGCCGCAGCCGCCGACGACACCAACAAUGGCGCCACCGCGCCGUCGUUACUGCCGGAAGACCAGCAGGAGCAACAACAAGGAGAGGAGCAGCAGCAGCAGCAGCGGCAGCAGAUGCGGACGCUUGGCGCCGUCACGGAGUCGCCGGCGUACUACCCUUCCUUCACGCGGGCGGGGCCGUCGGCGCUCGUGGCUGGUGGCCCCGCAGUGGAGCUGGAGGGGGUGAACUGGGCGGAGGAGUUCGAGCGCGUCAUGGCUCUCACGAAGGAGCUAAUUGAGCGGCAGCUGAGCAGUGAGAAGGGCGCUGCUGCCGCCGGCGCCAGGCCGGAGGGCGGCCACGCGGGCCACCCCAAGCCGCUUCGCAACCCCAGCCUCGAGCAGACGCCGCCGCAAAAAGUCACAGGGCGUAGUUGCGGCCACGGACGCCAGUCGGUACCCUGCGCUGCCGGGCACAGACGAAGUGCGUCCACUAGUGAGCGGCAAGUGGGUUAA